AUGGCUGACCACGAGCACGUGAUUUCGCGAUCUGGUGGAACCAAAACGCCCGAUUCUGAAUGUAUCGUGUUACUGGCUGAAGAGCUUGUUCACGCACAGCGCACACCUUCCCUACGUGAACCACGCACACCUGCUAUCGACGCUUUCGCCCAGUCCGGCGCACGAACGCGUCCACGAACAACACAGCCGCUGAAACAGGUUGAUGGCAAUAGUGUUAGACCUAACUCAGCGAGGGGUGUUUUACGCCGUCUAGCAAAGAUCACAGCUGCGACUUCCAAGCGUCGAACCGUUACUCCUUCGAGCGUCGUGCAGGGAAAGGAGAAUAUCGUGCCUCAUGGUCAAUUCGAGAAAGAGGAUGAGACCUUGGUUAAGCCACAACUCAACUUCCACAUAGAAGAAAGUAUUGAAGAGGACGAAAGUGAAAUACUAGUUGCACCAACACCAUCAGCCUUGUUGGAAGAUACAGACGACGAUGAGGAUCAGCCGAUCGUCACGUUUCUCGACACAGGACAAAGAGCACAAUCGCACGACCCAUGCUUGUCGCACAUAGAUUCUGGUUUGCAGGAUGAAGCAGAUGCUGAGGAUGGCAACAGUACCUUUCUGACUGAAAUCGCCAGACGGGCAGUCAGCGAAGAGCCAACUCGAAUGUCUCGGUACAGUUUCGGUAGCAUACGCAUGAGUGACUUUGGUACGGAACUGGAAAUCAAGAGAGUUUCAGAUAGACAGGGAAAGCUUGCUGAAGCCAUGCCAGAUGAUGAUAUCGUUGAAGACUCUGAGCAUAUCAAAGAUGUGCAGAUCGGUGACGAGACUGAAGGUAUUCGACAUAUGAGGCAUUCCUCCGAACCAUCAAGCUUGUCUCCUGAAGACGAUUUUUUACCACUUGCACUAGGUGCGGACGACAGCUUUGAGCUCAAUAUACCUCAUCACGAGGUAGAUGAAGCUGACCCCAACUCGGUAGCUCAAUCUGCUUUUUCGCAAACUAAGCCUCUUGGUUCGAAUCCAACAGGAGAGCAGUCAGACGAGGAUGAGGGUGUAGUGCCAACUACCAUCGAGUCGGCAGCACCGAGCAGACGACAGACGCUUCUCGAGUCGGUGGCUGCGACUGCCAGCAGUACAAGACCACGUAAGAGGCUAAAGGUCAAUCAGCGUGGAAACAUGGUUCCUGGGCUGCCGUCGAGCCUAAUCAAACGAAUCGUGAAUGACUUGCAGCAGAAGGCUAACAAGCGCAAGGUUACACUUGGCAAGGAGCACAUGCAAGCUCUUGAACAAGCCACUGAAUGGUUCUUUGAGCAAGCCAGCGAAGACCUCGAGGCAUUUUCGGGUCAUGGUCGGCGCAAGAAGCGAAUAGAUGACGACGAUGUGCUUCUUUUGAUGCGACGGCAGCGAGUGCUCCGAGAAGAUGGAGAGCUGCUCGAGAUGGCGCGACAAUGGCUUCCUAGGGACAUACUGAACGAGCUAGAUCUUCCUGAUCGGCCAUAG